ACCCUUUUGAGUUCACAUGAGGCCAAGCCAUCACAAUCAUGGCGCGUGGCGCCUCCUGAACCCCACCCAAAAGCCAUGUCUCUUUCUCUCUGCAACAAAGCUAAUCACCUCCUAUCAAUCUCUCUGCUGUCUAAACUAAACUCUGCAAAUUCCAUAACCAAAACCUUCUCUUCUCAGCUGAGAGAGUUUCAGUUUACUCUCCAUUUCCAUAACGUUUCUUCAACUACUAUAGCAUUCAAUGCUUCUGUUGAAUAUUUUGGCCUCCAUUAAGAUGACCCUUUUACCAAAUUGAUCUCUUCCUUCACCUAAAACCAACUACAAUGCUUCUUCAUCUCUUACUAUGAUGUCUUGUUCCAUUGCCACCAUCAAUCAGUUUUGACAAAGCACAAGGCAAUUUAGGAGAAUUGGCAACAACAGCAGUGUGAGCUGUGAAGUGGUGACCAUGGAGCAGCGACGGCGUUGGCACGACCUUUUCUGGUUAGGACUAUUUGUGAUCCAAUUGAUUGGUGUGGGUUUUGUUCUUGUGGUUCUAGGCCUCAACAGGUUCAAGAAGAAGGAUAGGCUUGACAUUGAUAAGUACACCUACCGGUUCAUGGAGAAUCAGCCCGGGUUGACUGAGGAUUACUGGCCGCUGUACGCGGUUGCUGGUGGUGUUGGGACUGCUCUUGGAUGGAGCUGGUUGUUGCUGUUAGGCUCACGCGCCAUCCAGAUGAUGAAGGUGUCGGUGCACAUCCUCACCACUUAUCUUGCAGUGAUCAGUGUUUUGUGUUUCUGGGCUGCACAGUUUUUCUGGGGUGUUGCUUUUGCUGUUGGAGCAGCUCUGCAGUUCUUGUAUGUAAUAUCUGUCAUAGACAGACUUCCAUUUACAAUGUUGGUUCUGCAAAAGGCCGCCAAGAUAGUAUGGAAUCUUCCUGAGGUUAUGAGAGUGGCAUACGCAUUCAUGCUGGCUGUGCUUUUAUGGAUGGCCUUAUGGUCAUUUGGAGCUGCUGGUGUUGUGGCUUCAAGCAUGGGUGACGGCGGACGCUGGUGGCUUCUUGUGGUCCUCUCUGUAAGCUUAUUUUGGACAGGCGCUGUACUUUGUAAUACUGUACAUGUCAUAGUGUCUGGGACGGUGGUUCUUGUUAGUAUCCAUGGUGGUAGCGAGGUCGCAUCAAUGCCCACGAACUCCGUAUUGAAAUCUUUACAAUAUGCUUUAACAACAUCUUUUGGGAGCAUUUGUUAUGGCUCAUUAUUCACAGCUGCUAUUAGGACUCUGCGAUGGGAGAUAAGAGGAAUCCGGUCAAAGAUAGGCAACAAUGAGUGUUUGCUUUGUUGUGUCGAUUUCCUUUUCCAUCUUGUGGAGACUCUUGUCCGUUUCUUUAACAAGUAUGCUUAUGUCCAGAUUGGUGUUUAUGGUAAAAGCUUUAACCAUUCUGCUAGAGAUGCUUGGGAGCUAUUCCAGUCAACUGGAGUUGAAGCAAUUGUGGCCUAUGACUGUUCAGGUGCUGUGCUGUUAAUGGGAACCAUUUGCAGUGGGCUGAUAACUGGAACUUGCUCUGGUGUUUGGGCAUGGAUUAAAUGGAGAGACAGAGCUCUUAUGAUUGGAUCUACAUCUAUGCUCAUGGGGAUGAUAUUGGUUGGAGUGGCUAUGGUAUUGGUGGAAAGUGCGGUUACAUCCAUAUAUAUCUGCUAUGCAGAAGACCCUUUAUUGAUUCAGAAAUGGGACCCUGACUUCUUCAACCAGAUUUCUGAGACACUGCACCAGAGACUUAAGUAUAGGAGUUCUCGCGGAAAGAAAGUUUUAACCCACAAUCUACUUGAAGGCCGCACACUAGAAAACGCCUCUAUGUGAUGUGAGGAACCAUUUCAUGUUUAUACAACACCACUUUAUUUAUCUGUUUGUUCCGUUUUGUGGUUUGUUAAGGGAAUCCUUUCAUAGCUCAAAGUAAUGGGAAAAGAAGAAAAUUUGUUGCGGUUGUGAUGGUAAGUGGCUUUGAGCAGUGUUGGAUGUGCAUGCAAGGUUUGCUAAGUGUACAGUUUCCAUUUGUUUUGAGUUUCAUAAGGCCAUGUUUUACACUUGCAGAAAAGGGCAAAUAUGCAUGUUAAUUAUUGUGUAGUUUAUACAUUAUGCCUACUUUUAAUAGAUGUAAAUCACUAUUAUGGUAUCA